CGGCACCCGCAUCUUUCACCAGCACCAGCUCCAUGUGCACAUUAUAUAAGGCAUCAGGUCCGAUGGCAAACAUAAACGCCGCGAUCUGUUCAUUCGGUCAUGUUCGUUGACUCCAUCGGAACAGCAAAAGAGAGACGGCUGUCCGUCCGUCUGUCUCACAGCUAGAAAGGGAAUAAUACUACAUAGUCCAACUCGUCCACACAAGGGAUGGCACAUGCCGCCCAGUCUGCGCCAUCUGUCCAUCCCUCAGUGCAGGUGCCACUUCUGCCUUAGCCUACUCAUCGGCUUCACGAAGUACAUGUCAUGCUCCUCCUGCACACACACACACACACACGGACGUAUGGCUGUGCGUGUGUGUGUGUGCGUGUCUGUGUGUGUCCACAGGUACCUGAGUGGACCUGUGUGGCGAGAGCGUGUCGUCGGGGACGUUGAGCGACCGAAUGAUGCGGGAGAGCGAAUCAAGCAACGACAAAAUGCUGCCAUCCCACAGAAAUACACACACAAACAGCACACAGGCGUCGGCAUACACGCCGAGUUCAGGCGCCGCCGUGUGUGUGGGCUGGAGGGUGUGCGCCAGACCACACCUGUCGACGUCAGGCGCCCUCCUCUCGCCGCUGCCCCGGUGGCUAGAAUUCCCCCGCAGUGGCACACAAAACACACACAGACAAACAAAGAGGCAUGAAAGAUGGUCGGUGUGGCCGUGUGUGUGUGCGUGUGUGUGGUGUGGUUACGGGUGUGACGCCUGUGAGUAGAGGAGGUGUAUGGUGGAGUAGAGCGACAGAACGAGCGGAUGCACCAGGCGGCUGCUGAGGAAUACCCAAUUCCUAAGUGAGUCAGUGGAGGGGAUGGACGAGUGAAUGAGAAAAUGCGCCGAUGCGCAAAGACAGGCAGACAGACAGACAGACAGACAGAAGCACACACACACCUGAACUGCAGCUUGCAGACCUCCUCGAGCCCGGGGGUGUGCGGCCAGGGGUUGUCAGACGCCUCGCGGUCCUGCAGACACACACACACACACAGAGAGAGAGAUUUCGUGUGUGUGUCUGCCUGUGUGCGUCUGUGUGUUGUUUGUGUGCCUGUGAUAUUCUCCACUCGAGGGGCUCAAGCCACGAGCAGACCAUUCCCGCCCACUCCUGGUAGCCCUCGUACGCCUCACACACAUCGCCCAACAGCUGAGCACACGCACACACCCACCGAAAGAGAGAGAGUGCCUGUGUCAGUGAGUGUGUGUGUGUGUGCUGAUGUUUCUGUCCGUCUGUCCGUCUGUCUGUCUGUCUGUCUGUUUGUCGAGUGCGCACCUGCAGUCUCAUGCUCGCCUCAGCGCCCCACUUGCCAUCAAAGCGAUGCGACCAGCCCUGACCGUCACGCCUGCACGCCCUGAGCAUCACACAGCACAAGAUACACACACACAUAGACACACGGACCCACCGUGAUGGACCACACUCAUUCCCACUCCCUCCCUCACCGUGGCUGUGGGCUUGACGGUGGCGUUGGUUGUGGUGUCUCUGUGGCUAUGGCUGUGGCUGUGGCUGCGGCUGUGGUGCGUGUGGGUGGUGGCCGUCUGGUGGGUGUGGAGGUGGCCAUGGGAAACCGCCCGAACAGCGGAUCGCUGCGCGCGCCACACCACACACACAGGUAACAGUCACCUGUGUGUGGUGUCUGGUGUGUGGGUGGAUCGAUGUCAUGUGCAGCGCACACAGAGACAUUUACCGUUCGCUGUGUUGCGCUUCGGCGCCGUCGCCAUGGUCACGGUCGAUCUUUCUUCUCUUGCGGGUCACCGUGUCGGCCUCCUCUGCGUCCUGACAAGGCACACACACACACACACACACAUAUACGCUGUGCUGUGCAGGUACAUGUAGGUGUCUGAGGUCGGCGUGCGCCGCGCCGCGCCCACCUGCGCGUGUUCCCAUGCGCUGGCAAAUGCGGGAUGGACCAUCGACUCAUCUUUCUCCUGUGCGCACACACACACACACACACAGAGAGAGAGAGAGAGAGAGAGAGAGAGGGGUGGCAAGAUCGAUCACACGCAGUGUGAGAUCGGAUGCGUGUGUGUAGGCGUGUUAGUACGUGUGUGGCGUCCUGGUCUGGCUGGUGUCGGUGUUGGUUCUGGGUGCGGCUGCGGCUGCGACUGCGUUGUGCCGGCUGUGGUGUGUCAUUCUCCUCGUUGUAGAGGGGCAGGUUGAGCAGCUCCUCCUCUAAGUCAUACCGACUGCCGCUCUCGGGCGGCAACAAGGGCUGCACUCAGCCAUUUAACCAGACAGACAUUCGGGUGCAAACUGCUGGCAGCCAGACCGACCGACCGACAGACCUGGUAUCUGUCCACGAGCUUCUCGGCAAUGAGGCGCGCCCUGAGACACACACACACACACACACACAGAUGUCUUGUCUUGCUGCUGUGUGUGAGGUGAGAGAGACCUACCUGAGUUCUACUUCCUUGGAGCAGCACUCAUACAGGAGCAGCCAGUUGCUCUGCGUCAACUUGCGCACGAUCUGAACCGCUGUAUGUGUGUUGGUGUUAUGGCCGGCAACACAUAGAUACACAUGCAGAGCAAACAUGAGAACAGACAUUUACUUUCUGCACGGCUCUGUCUCGUGUCCGUCUGUACCGCUCUUGUUGAGAAAUGCGGGCAGCUGGACGGACUCUCCAACACAAUGCUCCAGCACGCUGCUCGCCACAUGCCCACUGAACGGACAACGCACAGCACACACAACAACGAGGCCUCCACAUUACAGUCGUCCCUCCCCGUGUGCGGGCGUGCGGCAUUCACCGAUUCCUGUUGUCCUCAUGUGUGUCCGCCGCCGAGGAAGCUGCUGCAGCUGAGGGGCUCUCGGCCGCUGACGCAGACCGCUGCUGACACGGCACCCUCACUGCCCACCUGCCCACACACAUACACAUACAGAGACAGAGAGAGAGAGAUGCCCAGCCCACACACGAAAGUGUCCAUGAGUGUGCUCACCGGUCAAAAAGAGUCCGCGGGAGCCUCCUGAGUACCUUCUGCUGAAACCACCGCCAGCCUGUGGCCAGGUGGGACGACUCGACCGGCACCUUCCUGCACACACACACACACGCACCGCUCACACACUCACUCAGUGGCAUCUGAUGUGUGUGAUUAGGCUAGGUUGUUAGUCUGCAGUCCAACCCACCACUUCUCAUGCAUGGCUUUGGUCUCCCUCAAAAUGGCCCACGACAGCAAAGGCGACGCACCUGGGGACAGUAGGACACCCACACACCAACAGAGAGAGACAUAUAUACAGGAGGGAACGGUGCGCGUGUGAGUACUGAUCAAUCAACAGAAUAGAUAGCGGCGCUCACACAGCAUGAGUGCGUCGAGCGACACAGCCGCCCCACUGCUGCCGGUGGCGGUGGCGGUGGCCCUUGCAACAACACCAGGUGGCACCCGGGCGGCCCUGCUCCCUCUCCGACGCGCUGCACACCACAACACACCACAACACACAAAUGGCCGUCCAUCCAUCCAUCCAUCCAUCCAUCGAGGCACAGACGAUCGUACCGAUGUCGACGAGUGCCGUGUUGAAGGCUCCAGGGAACUCCUCUGCCAUGUACUGGACGACCAGCGGCAGGCUGCCCUCCUGCCCACACAUGAAGCACAGCAGCCUCUUGCAGCACACCGACGCCCGAAAGAAGUCAGCUGACGAGACGAAGGCAAACACCGCCGGGUACAAUUCCUCUGGCACCUACACAUCACAUCACACGAAGGGGUGGCCCUGCGGGUCUGGUCUCCCUGUGUCUGUGUCGGUGCUCUACCUGCAGCAGCGGGAAGCAGUCCCCUGGGCUGCCGGCUGACUCAUGGCUGCCCUCGGCUGCUGUCUGCGUGCCGCUUUGCUGGUCUGGUGGCACUGCCGCCUCUUCCCCCUCGUCGUCGGCCAAGUCGUAAAGCAGGUCCUCAGCCAGGCUCGUCUGCGUCGGCUGAGCCUCGACAGGCGGCGGCUUCCGCUUUCGGUACUUCUCACUACAGGCAAGCAAGUCCAUCCCCUGAGGCGUCCUCAAAAUC